AUGGACGGACGACCUUUCCACCCGACCAACCCAGGCACCCACAAUCCCACCCCGCCUCUGGAAUGGCCCCAGAACACCCCUCUCGACGCACACCGUGACCCAACCCCGUCUCGCGGCCUCGAACGCCUCUCCACCAGCAACCUGCGCACAGCUUUCCGCACCACCGUCUCCUCCCAUAACACCAUCCGCGCAGUGACGCCCGAGUUCUCGAGCCGAGAGGAAAGCGCGCAUGCCAACGCCCACGCUCACACCCACGCCCACCACGCCCACAAUCACCACGAUCACGCAUCUGCCGUCCCAGCUCUCCCCGCCCGAACGCAACUCGGCUCCACCUCGCCUCAGAGCUCCCCGCGCUCCAUUCCACGCCCGGGAGACAUGGCCAGACGCCAGGGCGUCGUGUUCAACGACACAUUCGGCGCGUCCUACGACAGUAACUCGUCGAGCCCGCCACCCCCGCGACAAACGAGCGGUAGCUUCCGCCCGCGUACCCAUACCAUGGAUGGCGCCUUUCGACAGCAGUAUGCGGCAGCGUCAUCUGCAGAGGGACGCCAUCGGGUCGGCUCGUUCUCUUCCUCUGGCUCGCAAGCUGUCUUUGACGACAAUCGACCACCGCCACCCCUCCCGAUCGAGUCGAUGGGAUACCCCUCCAUAUCGCAAACAAGACCGCCAGAAAUAAUCACGACAACAGGAAAGGAGAAGAAGGGAUCGAGCAGGCGCCUUAUCAAGCGCCAGUCUUCCCGACCGACAUCGCCGCAAAUAACCGUCCCUUCCGUGGACUCGCUGCCGAUACCGGUCCCAACAGAUGACGCGAACAAGGUCCUUCUUCUCAUGAAGACGCUAUGCGGUCGCAUGCGCGGCGAAAUUGAGUUCCAGACAGACCCCUCAUCACCAUGGCAGAAUGGCAUUGGAUAUAUCGACGAGGAGAAAGGGUCGCUCAUGUUCGACUCCGGCCGUAACGGACCUUUCCACAACACACUCAUACAAGACCUUCGAGGCUGCCGAAUCACGCCCAUGGACUUUGCGCAGCCUGAGCGGCGGUGUCUACAGAUUCUGUCCACGUCACCCAACCAGGUGUCAGUGGAGCUGCUGAUACACCCAACGCUGGCUGAUGAGCGGGAUUUGUGGUUGGCCGCCUUGCUUUGUUGGCAGCAGCUCAGACCCCCAAAGGUUAAAUUGUCUAAUGGGAGCACCAAUACGACACCAACGUCGGUUCGACCGCCAUUGCGAUCUCGCGGAUCUGAUGGCGCCGCCCCCAAGUCUACCAAUUUCAUCAAAGUCGGCCAGGUCAGGCUGUGGGACAAGGGCUUGGCGACAUCACCCCGAGCGAUCGUGAAGAGGCCGUCGACGCGUGAUCUGCGGUCCCAGACGAUAUCCUGGAGGCUUGUAUCGUGCCUGCUUCAGGAGAACGGUGAGAUCAGGCUCACUACCAAUGAUGGAGACUCGGUCAUUGCCGUGGUUGAACUGUCACAACUUUCGCGGUGCGCCAUCCAGCAACUCCAUAAGUCGGUGCUCGACGAGGAGUAUUGCAUCGCCAUAUUCCCACAUUACUCAACCAUUUCGACACAGUUGUCCAUCUUCCGCCCGGUCUACAUGGCAUUCGAGAAUCGCUUACUCUUUGAAGUUUGGUUUGUGCUGCUGCGUGCCUUCGCGCUCCCCGACAUCUAUCGCCUAGACUCGCCCGGAACUGAACAGGUUCUCGAGAUUGUGGACUUGGAAGCGGACUGGCCGGGCGAGAUUUUCCGAGUAGAGAAGACCAUCACGGUCCGCGUCACUGAGGCAAAGUUGAAGCAGAAGCUGGGAUCCCCAGAGUUGCCCCCGCACGACCGCCACUCCAAGACUGAAAGCGAUCCGCUCGUCGGGAACUAUCUUGCAGAGGUCAUCCUCGAUGGAGAGGUUCGAGCGCGCACCCCACUGAAGUCGGGCACCAAAAAUCCAUACUGGAGGGAAGAGUACCAGUUCAUCGACCUUCCUGCAGCACUGCCCUUCUUGUCUAUCAUUUUGAAGCGUGUCGAUGGCAACCUGGACAUGUUGUACCCGCAACUUCAGCCAUCGGCCAAUGUGUCCAAGAUUGGAAACUUGUCUGAAGCUCUAUGCGGCGCCGUCGAUAUACCUUUGGAUCUCAUCGAUUCGGGGAAGGAUCUUGAGCGCUGGUUCGAGGUGCUCGAUGUGCGGCAGCACAUUGUAGGGACCAUGCUGGUCAAGGUCCACUACGAAGAGCUCGUGGUCCUGCAUUCAAAUGAGUACCAGGCUCUCUCAAACCUGCUGCAUAGCUUCCCAUCGGGCCUGACCACCCAGAUUGCGCAUGCCCUCCCUGGCCAGCUACGGAAAUUGUCGGAGAUUUUCCUCAACAUAUUCCAAGUCUCGGGCCAGGCGAAUGACUGGCUGCAGACACUAGUUGAAGACGAGAUAGACGGUGUUGGUAGCCAAGCGCAGAUGACAAAGUACCGUUUCAGCAGCCGCCUCAAGUCCAACGAGUCUCUGGAGUCUGCAAGCGACCGUGAGCAGCUGGUGCGCGAAACAGGCAAAUCGCUCGCUGGUGAGGCCAAUCUGCUUUUCAGGGGCAACACGCUUUUCACUCAGGCGCUUGAGUUUCACAUGAGGCGAUCCGGAAAAGAAUACCUUGAGACCAUACUGCAGGCCAAAAUCAGCGAAAUCAACGAGAUGAACCCGAAUUGCGAGGUGGAUCCCAGCAAACUGAAGCCUGGCGAAGAUUUGGCCCAAAAUUGGAACCGCCUGCUACAGGCAGCCACCGAGGUUUGGCAGUGCAUUGCAAAGGAGCCUACGAAAUGUCCUUCGGAGCUGCGGUCGAUUCUCAAGUACGUCCGCGCUGUAGCAGAAGACCGAUAUGGCGACUGGCUACGGACAGUCACCUACACCAGUGUUUCUGGCUUCCUCUUCCUCCGGUUCAUUUGUCCGGCAAUCUUGAGUCCAAAGCUUUUUGGGCUCCUCCGAGACCAUCCCCGGCCGCGGGCGCAACGAACGUUCACGUUGAUUGCGAAGGCUCUCCAGGCACUGGGCAACCUCUCGACGUUCGGCAAGAAAGAGGAGUGGAUGGAGCCUAUGAACAAGUUUUUGACUGCCCAGCGGCAAUCGGUCAGGGAAUAUAUCGAUGCCAUCUGCGCCAUCUCCGUGGAGCGGAACAAGGUUGCUCUGGGACCAUCUUACUCGACCCCUAUCACAAUCCUCGGCCGUCUGUCGCCAAACGCACGCGAAGGCUUCCCUGCGCUGCCCUUUGUCAUCGACCACGCCCGCAACUUUGCUGCACUCAUCAAGCUCUGGGCAGACGUCAACCCGUUCGCUAAUCUGGGCUCCAAAAUACCACACGCCAAUGGCGGAGGAGAAGACGACGUCUUGAUCUUCAAUGACAUGUGUCUCGAUCUUCAGAGGCGCACGGACAUCUGCCACGCCAGGAUGGAGGAAUAUCGGGCCAUCGAGGGCGGACCUCACCCAGUAUCGGAGCUUGCCGAUGUUCUUGAGCAGAGCACCCUCGAUGCGAUCAACCAGUCUUGCAGCACGCCCACUCAGGCUAUGCCAUCUCCGGAUAGCUACGGCUACAGAUCCGACGCCGGCCUUCGCCCACCUCGAUCUGCAGGCAGUGACGUGGCCCCCGACGCCUCUCAACCAUCUCGACGAAGUAAAGAACAUCGUCGGGGACGAGAGAUGUCGAAUCCUCCAAGGCAUGCAUCUGCCCAAUCCGAAGUCACAUUUGCGACAAAUAUAUCCUCCGGCGGUGGCGGCACUCUGAAGCGUAACGGGGGUAGCAGAUCAACCCGCACGAUCCUAUCCGGGAUCAUGAAGCCGUUUGCGCGGAGCGACUCGCCAGAACAUGCAUCACCUACCACUAGAUCCGGGAAGAGUCAGGAGCGUACGAAACAUCACGGCAACUGA